AUGCCUAACCAAGACACCCAAAAAGGGCCCUUUACCUAUUCUCCAGUGAUCAACGAGGACGACGAUAGCAGCAGAGACGCAACAAAGAAUGUUUACAAGCAAGAGAGGGGCGGCUCGCCCCGUCUCUGGACGCCAUUCUUCCUCCGGCGGCCUGUCAUGCUUUCGUUUUUAUUACUAUUCGUCGCGAUUCUUUGCUCGCUUGUCGCUCUGUAUACAUACACGCAACGCGAACACCGGAGUCUAGGCAUUGAAACAGACGGCUCGAGAUACUACUACCUAUGGACUUACGGCCCAACUGCAGUAUUCAUGCUCUUAACGGCCGGCUGGACGCAGGUGGAAUAUCGCGCCUCGCAAUCGAUGCCCUGGGUCUUGAUGCUGCGAGGACCAACGCCCGCGUCGGAGAGCAUCUUCCUCGACUACCUCUCCAACUGGAACGUCGUAUCGCUCUACAAAUCCCUCCGACGGGGACACUACCUGGUGGCGCUGUGCGUCACUGGGUCGUUGUUACUCAACGGGCUGACGGUCUUCUCAACCGGUCUAUUCGAACUCGACACCGUGCGCGUCACCCAAGUCGCAGACCUCACCGUGACGCACAAGUUCGACGGUGCUCAAUUCGACCCCGUCGUGAACGAUGGCAAGGCUUACACGGCGUGUCUUGGAUACACUAAGAACGUCAUUGAUCCCCCCAUCGGCCUCCACGAUCCCUAUGUCUACCCUCCGUUCCGGAGCGCAAAGCACACCGCCGCCGACAACGAUACCAUGAUCGCGAACGCCGAGUACGAAGCUGAGCUGGAGAUCUUCACGCCGACGAUCCAGUGCCAGGAGGCGACGACGACAAUCGCGCCGUCGCACGCCAGAUUCGACCCCCAGGACAACUCCGAAGUUUACGAGGCAGACGGCUGCCGCGUCGCGCCGACAGGAAUCCCGCUGGCUCUUAUGCGCGGUGACAAGUUCGGCAUGGAUGCUGAUGUUGCGGGGUGCCAGGGCCAGACGCUCAGUAACGACGGCAAGCAUCCUCCUGAGGUCGAUUGGAACGUCGACUGGCGGCUGUGGGUGUCGAUUGCGCAGACCAUGUCGCAGCACUCGAACAACUAUUCCACCGAUGGAUGGGAGACGCACGAAGUCCGCGGGGUGAUGUGCAAAAUGCACUAUAAUAUGUCUCGUGCGCCGGUCAGGAUCUGGAGGGAACCUGGGCAAAGCGCUAUCCUUUCCUCUAUCAAUGCGAGUGACUUGACGGCCAUCGAGCCCAUCGCCAACGUCUCUGACGGCAAGCUGCUGUACGCGGCGCAUCAGUCGAUCGGAGCGGCGAUUGACUACUCGUCUGAUACGGGGUCCGAGUAUGUCUUUGCUGCUGGCGAUUCUUUGGAGAAACUUUGGAACUCGUCUGCAGCGCUGGCCGCGGCGGUUGAGAAGUCGUACUCCUGUAUUGCGAGGCAGCUGGCGAAGGACUCGCUGCUGGUGCAAGAACCACAUAGUGUGCAGGGGACUGAACGAACGACGGACCAGAGAUUGUUUGUCCGGGAGCUCUCAUUCAGCCUUAUGGUUGCUCUGCUGGGACUCUUGAUAAUCGUCGUCUGUCUUCUACUUGUGUUCUUUAUUCCGGUCGCUGUAUGUCCCAGAGACACUGGUUGUAUCGGUGGACUAGCGACAGUAUUCGCGCAAAGUCCAGACUUUAUGUCCAAAUUCCGGGGCUCAGCGCUGAUGACGACCACGCAAAUGGCCGGCUCUCCGCUGGGCCAAGCGCAGUAUACAUCAAGCGUCACCAACACGGGAUCAUACACGAUUAUGUCGGACAAUUCAUCGCCAAAUGCCGGACUCGCCGAGACGACGCCGCACUGGUGGCGUCCGCUGUCAACAAGCUGGUCCAUCUGGAUUCCUCUCGUGGCAGCGCCACUCACAGUCAUCAUCGCAUUAGAGGUUGUAUACCACAUCUCCACCUCCUCCCGCGGCAUCACCCUAGUCGAAGGAAAGUCCUCGUACAUCCAUUACAUCUGGGUCUACAUCCCGGCACUCAUCAUGUUCGCCAUCCGCUGCCUAUUCCAGACUGUCGAAUUUGGCGCCCGCGUCUUCCAGCCAUACCUCCUCCUCCGCCGCGGCGCAGCGGCUGCAGACAAGACGAUCUUGGAGAAUCAGCUGCGCAAGGUGGCUAUAUACGGCGUCUUUGAUAGCCUGCGCAAGCGUCAGUGGGCCCUGGCCGCUGCAACAAUCGCUCUGCUCCUGGCGGCCAUAACCCCCAUCGUGGUCUCCGGUCUGUACAUGGUGCAAGCCUCCGCACCAACAUCCCCUCGCAACCUCACGCGCAUCGACCGGUGGAAUCUGGGAGAUCCGAACCCCGGUUCCGCCGCAGGCUCAAAGUACUAUGACGAGCUGCAGCCGGUGGAUGCUAAGAUCCCCGGGAUGAUCAUGUACCUGAACCUGUCCUAUCCGCAAUGGACAUAUAAAGACCUUGCGUUCCCGCAAGUCCGACUGGCAGAUGCAGAUGGUGCGCAGGAGCAGGGCUACAUUGAAGCCCGUCUGCCUGCCCUGCGUGGACGGCUCGACUGCGCCGAAGUCAAGUCCCCGAACUGCUCCUACCAAGACGACUACGCGCCGUACAUUCUGACGUGUGAUGACGUUGAAUGCUCCGGUAGCGUUUUCACAUCCGUCGGACGUACAAAUGCCGUGGAGUAUUUCAGCGCCGGCUCAGUCGGGUCGUCAAACUACGACCCGGGGAAGAACUGCCCCGACAACCGACUGCUGUUCGGCAAAUGGUUCCCCGGCGAAACGCCGAUGCAGAAGUUGGUGGUUAGUUGCGACGCCAGGAUAGAGGAGGUAGACGUCGACGUUCGGCUGCAGGUACCCUCAUUCACGCUUGACCCGGAUUUUGAACCGCGCGUGAUCGAGGGCUCAGCCAAAGAAGACAUCCGUACCAACCGGUCCUCGUUCCCAGGCUUCGACUCGAUGAAGGAGUUCCUUUUCACGCCGGAAACCUACCCCGACGGCCAGUUCCCAGAGACCAAUAACCAGCUGAUUGACGUGGAUGUGCUGAUGCGGGCCGCCAUAUAUGGCGUGGACGGGGUUCCGGCCGAGGAGCUACUCAAUGCAGACAAGCUGAUAUCCCGCGUCAACGAGGUCUGGGGGAUCAUCAUGGCGCAGCUGUACAACAGUGGUGGGCGCCAGCCGUUCGACCAGCCGUUCAACCACUCGUGGUCGGUGUUGCCGCUGGAUGAUGCCGUGCCAACGUAUUCGGCGGUGUUUUACGACGGGCGGAAGUAUCUUGUCCAGAGCGAGGUGUCGACCCGGAUUCUGGAUGGGCUUCUUGCUACUAUGGUGGUAUGCGGUGUUGUCUCCAUCGCGCUGCUGCAGACGAAAGAGGUCCUGCCGAAGAACCCGUGCAGUAUUGGGGCUGUUGCGAGUUUGUUGCAUGGGUCCAGGUUGCUCGGUCCGGACGUUAUACCUAAAGGAGCGGAGUGGUGUAGUGAUUAUGAGCUCAAGAGGAGGGGCAUCUUUCAAGGCCAGAAGUUUACGAUGGGAUGGUGGACAGACAGGAAGAUUGGAGGUUAUAAUCCUGUCUCCUAUACCAGCAACGAGGGAGAUCUUCACCCGUCUGGUGGCAUGGGCUCUGCUUCUGGCGAUGACAUCUCCGUCAGUGACAUCGAUAGGGAUGAUUCACGUGUCAAUGAACGGACUGGGAUCCCGCUGGAAGUGCAGAGCAGUCUUGUGCCAAGUGAUGAGGAGGGAAAUUCGAAAGCACACGAGAUUCGGUAUCGACAUUGA